UGCGAGGCUGUGCGAGCAGAAAGUUUGUGUAGUUUGUGGCGUCGCGAGAACUUUUCCAGGGGCUGAAAUUUACGGUGUAAAUCGCGCACGAAUCCUUGUCAGGCUCCCAGAACAAUUUCUAAUACGGUGGCGAAGCUGUGCUGUGGUUUGCACGUGAAAUCAUCGCGAAAGUUAACCGCGCUUCAGAGGACAUUGAAUGAAUAGGAUUCGAGCACACGAGUAGAGAAACGACAACAAUGUUGACUCCAGCGUUCGAGCUAAGGCAAGAUGACGACUUCCUAAUAGUAGAGAUCAAGGCACCAUACUCUAAGAUAUCGGAGGCAGAGAUCUACUUCCACGAAGAAGAGUUCACCUUUUACUCCAAGCCAUACUACCUGAGACUGCAUUUGCCUGGAAAAGUGGUGGAAAAUGGACAUGAAACUGCUAAGUACAUCUCUGACAAUGGUCUUUACGUGGUUCACAUGCCAAAGCAGAGUCCGGGCCAAGUUUUUGCUGGCUUGGACCUUUUGACCAAGCUCCUAGCUCCAAAUCCGAGGGCAGUCCGUGCACGACCCGUGAUUGAAGUUCUUGAAAACCAGUGUGCCAGUGAUGAGCCACCCGAAGUGGACUGGCACGUGGAGCAGGCGCCUUGGACGCCCGAGGACGAGGUUUCCCUGCUCGGCGGACGCAAGUAUGGCUUCGACAGGCAGAGGACGGGCGUCAUCGCACGCAUCAAGGAGGAGAUGCCCGACCUGGUGGACAUAGCUGAUCCUGAGCACCAGAGCGUGAAGGAAGCCCGGCAGGAGCGGUUCCAGGCGGAGGAGGGGCACUUUAGUGCCGAACACUACCUAGCCGACCGCUAUGAACCUGCUGGUGUGGAGCAGGUGUUGGCCUAUGAGCCUCCCUGGCAGAACCUGUGCUCUGAUGCUGGCACCGACAACCUCUUUUGUUUCACAGAAGAAGAAAAAAACAAAAUGCGCAACCUUCCCCGCAAGGAAUACCCAGCUUGGCAAACCAAGCAGUGUGUGUCAAUUGUGUCCAUUUCCUUGACCUUGUGCCAUGCACAUCUGCUGGACAGGCAGUUGGUGGUGUCCCUUGAGCUUGGCCUGGUGGACAUCUUGUUCGCCUACGCCUACAACAAGCGGGUCACUGAGGGUGAAGACACGGUGGAGUCCGGUUGGAACAUAAGCAAGCUCAGUGCAACACUCUCGUGGUUCGAGGAGUUCUGGUCCUUGGAGCAAACCGUGCGGAGUUGUUUUCGGCGGUGUCUCGUCUAUCCACUCUACCGUCACUGGGCUCUCGCUCAAGCUGUCCUUGGAGAUGUCAUUAAAAUCCUGCAACUGGGUCCCCGGUAUGUCCUCAGAUGCCUUCUUGAAAUCCAUGGCAUAUUUAGCCGCCACGACUCCAGGUACGUCCUGAAUGACCUGUACAUCACAGACUACGCAGUUUGGAUACAGUCUGUUAGCGAAGAAAAGAAGAAAGGGGAAGAUGGUUCCGACAGGCUUGCGAAACUGCGUCCCCUCAUCAAUAAGCUGAACAGGACCUUCCAGGAGGAGUACUUGCCAUCAUCCUAUCAGGCCAUUGAUGAAAGCAUGAUCGCUUUCAAAGGAAGGUCUAGCAUGAAGCAGUACCUUCCGAUGAAGCCCAUAAAGCCUGGAUAUAAAGUUUCGUGCAGGGCAGACUCAAAGACGGGCUAUUUCCUCCAAUUUGAGCUGUUCUUCGACAAUUACUUUACGUGCACCAAGCUGAUGGAAACUCUCGCCAAGAGGAGCAUCCUUGCUGCAGCUGUCGUCAACGCGUUCAUACAGCACAACGCCAACAACGACAUAAGCUACGUGUGGUUUCGUCUUGUGCUAGGACGACAACUGACAAAUGGACAUACUUUCAGGCACUACACUAGGACUGCGUCAUUCCGAAAAAACAAGCAGGGACAGAAGAAUGGCCAGAAGAUGGAGUCUCGGAUGAAAUCGGAUUCACAGGAGACAACCACAAUCCACGAAAAGGAGUCUCACAGUGAAGGUGCAGAUGGUGUUCAGAAACUGGAAAUAAGGUCCGCACAAAGUUCACAUGUGGAGCUUGCAAGGCACGGAAUACACCAAUGA